AUGGAGCUGAAAAUUCGACUACGAGUGGGAGAAAAACCCCAGUCGCCAAAACUCUAUGAAAAUCGUGAAAAAUUGCCAAACGGUUUGAGAGGAUAUUAUGUACAUAGACUUCUUGUAAAUGCUGUUGCAAUGUGGGCUUCGCCUCGUUAUGCUUGGUAUAUUUACAGACUUCUUGACGAAAUUCAUAGACAAGAACGUGAAGAGAUGGAAAACAAGCUUGAAGCAAAAGACAAAAGCAUUCAGAAAAGAAUACCACGUUCGGUACCAAAAGGAAAGGAAAAGAACUAUAAGUAUAUGAUUUAUACUGAAGAGUUGGAAAAUGAAGAAGAUAAAGAUAUGGUUAUGUUGCAUUUAGUCAGAAGAAACAACAAGAGCUUUUACGACCUUGCUAAGAUUUACAAAUCUGACAGAAAUUGGUUCUAUCGCGAAAACUUACCGAUUUCAAUGACCCCAAAUGAAGAUGUGAAACAAAUAGUUCAAGAUACGUUACCUCAAACACACUAUGAUAUGAAAGGUUGUACAAUACUUACCUUCAAAGAAGAUUUGUCAUUGUUAAAGGAAAAAAUAACAGAGUAUUUUGACAACUUCAAACAAGUAGGGUAG